GCCUCUGACUGUCGGGAUCAGAGGUUGUCGCUGCGACCUGACCUUUGGUAGACUUUAUCUCUUAUCACAGCAGAAAGAUUGGAGCUCGCUUACGCAAAGAGACCAUCUGGUGGAGACCCUCCUCGGCAACUGUGGACGACAAGACCUACCUAAAACUAUCCCUUGUACACAUGGGAAACACUAACUUGUGUUUUGUGUGUUUGUGUAGUUAUAUGUUAUAUUAAUGAACUAUGAAUAUUCUUGUGUAGUUUUUUAAAUGCAGGAGGGGCUCCAGCGGCGAACGAAUUGGACAAUCGCAUGGGGCCUCACAUCCAUUUGGGCCCCACAUUGGCUCAUUUCAUUUUUUUUUUUGUUAAAAAUAUGGGUUUUAUUGUGAAAAAAAUUUAAUUUUUACUAACAUGCAAUUUAAAAUGCUUUGUAUAAGUAAUAAUUUCUAAGAUUUUUAGUGCCUCACAUAAUGAUAAGAUGUACCGGAAUUUGAUCGUAAGAAUUUAUGUAACCAAUCUGAGAAAAUUUUAUCAAGAGAAAAUACAAAAAAAAUUCUCGAGAUAAAUGAGUGAAACCAUUGUUGAAAUUUAAGUUCCAGAUUGACUUGAAAGAAUGUCGUUGGAAAGGUUUUUUUUUUUUUUAAUUUUCCUAGGGAGGGCCUGGGCAAUAUUAUAUACCCCCUCAGGAACCCCGGAAAAGCCCCUUGAGUGUCUUGGCAAAGCCCGCCCAUAGAGGCAUAGACACACGGCUGGCCUCAAUGUGUUUAGACAGGAGUAGAUUUUGUUACAGGCGUGGACAGGUUCUCUUAAGGCUAGAUGUGUUCUAAAUGACAAGCAAAGUGAGUUGCCUCACAUACCUGUGUGAGAUAGGAUUUUUGUUUUCAUUGGUCGCAUGCAUGCUAUUUUCAACCUGCCAAGGCUUUGGCAAUGGUCCGCAACACUAACAUUAAUCACUACUCUGCUAAAUAAAUUGUAGCUAAAUAUUAAAAUAAGACCAUAUUCUUGAAGUAUUUCAGUGUGUAAGUUAUACUUAAUGAUUGCUGUACACGAAAGCUGUGAUGUUACUAAUUUAUUUAAUGCUUAUUUAAUUGGGCUCAUGGUCCAUUUCAAAUCAAAAUGUGACUACAACACAUUAACAGAUAAAAAGGGGUGUUUGUUAAUAAAAUAGGUACAUUAUGUUUUGGCUUGCUUGUAUUUAAAUUUUAAUAAUUGGUCGUCAACUUUUAAAUGUGUGCCACCCUUAAUAACAUUAUUCAUUUUGUGUAUGAAUGAGUGUUUGUGGUUUAGAGAUUAGAGCUAAUAUUUUUUUUUUUGUGAAAGUUCCAUAUUAUUUUAAUAAUCACAUGCCGUUUUGCAGUUUCAAGCCCUAAAGAUGUGUUUAAACCUACGAACCGUUUAUUUAGUGAUAAGCGAGAUGUAAUGUAUCUUGGUUAUUAACUUGUCUCCCCUCCCCCUCCCCCCUUCUUCACAUCCACUUUUCUAACCACACCACUCUCCACAAACAGCAGGAAAAUGCCGCAAAUAGCACAUGGCUAUUGACCUUGGACUCUGUGAGGGCCUGCGCGAAACAAAGAACAGUCAAUAACGUAAAUAAAUUCCGUGUGAAAAGUGAAAGAAUUUAGUUGGAGGAUAAUUUCGGCAGACAGGUAAAGUGUAAAAGUGUUAGCGAUAUUUGUGACAAAACUUUCCACGCGGGAAGAAGAGCUUGAAAAGAUAGUAUAUAAUAUUCACAAACUAUUCUUUGUUUGAGACAUGCUAUCGUCGUAUUUUGUUUUAUUAUUUUAAUAAACUUAACAAAUAAAUGAAUAUUAUUAUUUUUGUAAAGUAUCUCGGCUGCAAUUUAUUAUAAGUUUUGCCGGUCUGUCAGCUCUGAUCCGUAAGUAAUGUUGGUAAAAUAGUUAACUAAUUUCCUGUUGCAUUAUCGUCAAAUGUCAAUAUUUAGAAAAUGUCAACACCUUGGGUUUGUGAUGUCCAUAUUGAGAACGAACAUCAUCUGUCUGUUGCCUGUUGCGUUAGUUGUCAUUGUUUACAAACUCAAAUGAAAUUUUGCUUGUGUAUGUAUGCUGUUUUUUUGUAGCAGAAAAUGAUGAAUUAUUGAAAUAUCUGUUGGUGUCCGAGCCUUUAUUUCCUUAUAUGAAAAACGCCGAUUGGGUCGUUUGAAAUAUUCUAAAUUAAAUAUAACUUCCUGUGAACUGUGUGUCUGAAGUCCCUGGUCUUUUUCUUUAAAUACGUUUCACAUUGUUUGCAAAUAUUUUAGGACAGUAGUUCCUCUAAUGUUAAACGGUAUUUUACUUCCAUGUCGUUAGCCUUGCACACUUUCUGUUGAGGUCAAAGUUAAAAAUUCGUUUUUAAGUUAGGUUAUGUUUUACUGAAAAAUUUGGUUCGUGAUUUGGUUCAAUUCAUAUCCCAUUUAACAUGGGUCUUGAUUUUGGUAGAGUAUGGAAAAUGGUGAACUUGGUACCCUAUUAAAAAACUUUUCUAGCUGUUUGUAGUUGGCUAUGUAUCAAACAUGAUAGCUUGAAAUAUGUUGCAAGCUUCUCAGAUCUAUUAUUUUGGUAAUUUCCUAGACGUGGAUUAUUUGGAGAAAUAAAAAAAUCUGAAAUAUUUUUAAUCUUCUAAUAUUCCUUUACUAUAGGUAUAGUAAAAAUGUGUGUUUUUAUUAUUUUUUUUAUUACUGUAUAAACAAUUCCAAUAAUGCAAUGCUGCAUUUAUAGAACCUUUUAAUAAUUAAAACACCUAAAAGAUAAUUUCCAAAAUUUUUUCAACACUUUGAUUGGUUUAGUAUGGCAGUCACUUAAAUUUUAUUUGUAUCAAUAGUCAAAAUUGUUUAAACUGGAAUCAUCCAUUUACUACAAUCUGUCAUAUCAUUCAAGACUUAAUAGUGUACAAAUAGUUAAUUCUUUGUUAAGUUUUGAUUCAGAAGCUUUCUUUAUUUGCUUGUUUCCCAUUCAUGAUGACACACUGAUUAGGUAUGAAUAAUAUAGCUAUUUUACAUAUUUCGGAAUUAAAAACUCAUGCUAAUUCACUAAAUGUUGUGCAUGCCUCCAAUACAACUGUAGGCCAGAUUAAUUUCAAGGGGUUUUCAUUUAAAAUAAUUAUAAAAAAAAUAAUAAUUUGUGACUGUUAUUGUAACCAAAUACAAUUAUAAGUUUAUAAUAAAUAUAUAAUAUCAGUCUUAGUUUAAAAGUUAAAACCGAUAUGGUAAAUGCAGACAUUUUUAAUGCAAGAACUGGAUUUAAUGUGGUUGUUUGGGGGCAUAACUAACGCCCACAUAUAUAUCUGUGCUGAAGUUCGCUCUAUCCGCUGGCUCUAUCCGGCCGCCCGGGUGCGUCAUACUGCAGCGCACUUGGAACAACAACGGCCUAAGUCAUUUCACGCAAGCUGUCGUGCGGAUGACAUUCGGGAGCCAUGCGCAAACACACAAAGGGAGUGUGCGUGAGCGAGGCGGCGGCGGUGGUGGUGUUGGCGAGCCUGCUGACCACCGUGGUUGCAGCUGAAGGGGAGAACUUGACCCGCCCGUGUGUCCACUACGGUCCCGAGGACUGCCUGCCUCUCCCGGAGGUGGGCUGCCGCACCAUGGAGCUCCCGGAUGGGGACCACGCCCUCCUCUGCUGCAACAUGCGCUCCAGGUUCAUCCUGAAGGAGAGGGUGUCGACCAUUCUCCUCGCAGACAAGAACAUAACUGCGCUUCACAUUCGAAACCUGUCCCUGGAGACGUUGGACAUAACCUUCCUGAAAAACCAGUCGCUGGUGUCGCUGGCGAUAACGGACAGCAGCGGCCUGGGCAGGCUGACGGGCCAGCUGGGGCUGGACUCCCUGGCCUGCCUGAACCUCUCCAGCAACGCGCUGGCCACCGUCGAGCCGGGCAUGCUGCUGGGGCUCCUCUCGCUCGGGUUCCUGGACCUGUCCAGCAACAGCCUGAGCCGGCUGCCCUACAUGCCCGAGACCAACGGCACGCUGGGGGUGGACAUGUUCGACAAUGACGACGUGGUGUGCCAUCACGUGAAGGAGAAGAUGGAGCAGAGCAACAACCUGCAGUUCCAGCGGCGGGGGGAGACCAAGUGCUCCGCAGAGCGCUACUUCAACUGGUUCAACUCCACCGACCACCUGUCGCUCACCACCAUCGAGCUCAUCGGCAGGCUGGAGCAGACGUGCCCGCGGGGGGACAGCUACAACUGCAGCUGCAAGUUCGCCCGCUUGGUGACCAUGGAGAACCAGAUGAACCAGCUGGCCCACUUACUCGUGGAGGUGGACUGCUCCGGUCGGAACCUCACCCAGCUGCCGGAAUCCCUGCCCUCCAACACCGAGGUCAUCAACAUCACCAACAACCACGUGACGAGUCUGGCGCCUUUGGUGAGCAAUCCAGCAUACAAGGAAGUGCGUAUCUUUAUAGCAGACAACAACAACAUCUCCUCAAUCAUGGACCUGGAAGGGUCCAACUUCAUUAACAGUUUCGACAUCCUUGGACUGAAGCGCAAUAACCUCAAGACGUUGCCAACUUACAUCCUGUCGAACUCUUUUGACCGUGUUAAUGAGAAAAAACUCAACCUUGGCUAUAACAAGUUCCACUGUGACUGCACCACGGCACAGAUUGUGAAGAUGUGGUUGGUUGCCAACAAGAAGUAUAUUCCUGAUGUCAACGAUAUCCAGUGUGAAGACGGCGGGAAGGUGAUAGACCUGGAUCGCAGCGUGGUCUGUGCAACGCAGCGCAAGUGGACAGACUACAUAUACUACAUAAUUGCAGCCCAGGUUGUGUUGUUGGUCUUCUUGAUCGGCAAGUUUCUCUACGACUACUGGGUGUUCAAGUCCACCGGAUAUCUGCCUUGGAUUGCGUCCAAGAUGCCCAAAAUGCCAUGCGACUGGGUUUUCGAAACAUGACCCCACUCUGAGUAGGAGUGUACCUCGGAGCUCUGUGCCAUAUAUCAUCACGUUUGUUCGUGUGAUCUGCCAAGUUGUUAACUUUGUGGGUGAAAAUUUUAAAUUGCUUGCUACCUUCCAUUGUAUAGCAAUACCAUUACCUGCAGUUAAACCUAAUCUUGCAAUUUUUUAUUGCACGCUAUUAGGCCUGUGAGAGUACUAGUUUUUGAAUGUGGAGCGAAUAUCAAAUUAUAUAUUUAAAAUAUUCUAGAAGUUGAAUCAAUUUGCGGAUAUUGCUCUCGGCAAAGCUUUUUACACCUAUUUUAAAAAUGCAGGAUUGAAGUAAAAAAAAAAAUUAAAAUUGUUUUUACAUUUGUGAUGUUUGAACUGAUUAAGUGAUUAACCAAUUGGGCCCGAUAUAUAACAUCAUUCAAUAAAAAUUAUAAUAUAAACAUGCAUAAUAUUGAUAAUGAGCAUUCUUAAAAGCAACAGAGUGCCUUGUUUUUAUAACACUAAAAGAACUAAAUACUAUAAUGAGGUUAGGUUUUAUUGUUCUAAAGCUUUGCAACAAACGCAAAGCUUUGCAUCACAACUGAAGCUUCAAAUUAAUCUAAUAGCAAAUUUCUUGCCGAAGUCAAAUAAAAUGAUGAAAAGAGCUUUGAUUGAUUCACUUAGUCAAAGCUUUGCACAGGUCUACAUGCCAUUAUCUUCAUCUGUUCGCACGUCUACAAUGUACCUAAAUACAAAACAAAAGUUAUAAGAAUACCAGAGGCACUGAGAUUACACAAGCAAAUGUGAAAAACUUCUGUGCAGUCUGCAUAGUGAACAAUUGUAAGCGAAUGAAUCUCUGUAGUUUUUUUUAUGAAGUAAAUUUUAUCCCACUAUGCAUUAGCGUAUCUUGCCAGUACAUGUAUGUCAAACAUGCAUUUUAUGUUUUGGUGUGCAUUUUUUUUUAAUGCCACUGCAUUAAGUCUCCAUGUAUAUAAUUAAAAUAGUGGAUUAAUUGGUGUUGAAAGUACAAUGUUAGUACUGUUGUAAUUGUGUAAAUAUAUAGUAACACUUUUGUAGUUUUGGUAAAUGAGAGGUUGAUGUGCUUCCGAAGAGAAUAUCAAAAAUAUAUUUUUAGAAUAUUGUUAUGAAUAUGAGAGUUUUGUACAAAUACUAAAUAGAAAUAAUGAUUUAAGUUUACGAAUGUAAUUUUUUUAUUCAAAACAGCCGAAAAGGAAUGUGAAGACUAGCCAUUACUGGAUCUCAGUGUUUUGAUAAAAAGUGUUUAUUAAUUAACUAUACAUUUUCAGAUGCCUUUCAAGCAGGAAUAUAGAUAAUUUUUCUAUAUUUUUUUUAUAAAUGUGAUAUUAAAACUUGUGUGGUUCUACAUAUUAGCAUUGACUUAGCAUAGUAACAACAUUACAAAA